GGCGGCCAUAUUUGUCAUGGGCUAGGCAGUAGGCACUUAUUUAGCGAAGUGUCCGGUUUAUGUGAGUACUAUACUACUACUGUCUGUUUUCCACACUUCACGGAUUUGCCUGAAGAACCCAAUCCAAAUUAUGUCUAAUCCCUCUGGACUCCCUGAAAUAAAGCAAGAUCGAGUUCUUACUAGCGAAGACUGGAACCAUAAAUGGGAAAAUAGAAACAUUGGAUUUCACGAAGAGAAUAUACAUCCGUUGCUUGCAGAGUUCCUGAAGGAAAUGAUAAAUGGUAGGACACACUUGAACAUAUUUUUCCCUUUCUGUGGAAAAGCAGUGGAUAUGAAAUGGCUGGCUGAUCUGGGACAUAACAUUGUUGGAGUUGAUGUCUCAGAAAUAGCAUUAAAGGAAUUUUUUGAAGAACAUAGUAUUGCUUAUGUUGAAGAAGAAGUAACAGGAAUUCCUGAAGCUAAACUUUUCAAGAGUACAUCUGGAAACAUUUGUCUCUACUGCUGUAAUAUCUAUCUCCUAUCUGACUCAGUGAUUGGAAAGUUUGACGGAAUAUGGGACAGAGGAGCACUGGUAGCUGUGAACCCAAGAGAAAGAGAACGUUAUGUCAAUGUAUUGCUGUCACUAAUGAAUGAGGACGUUCGUUAUCUACUUGUUACUGUUGAUUAUGAUCCUAAAUUGCAUGCAGGGCCGCCUUUUUAUGUGCCUAAAUCAGAGGUGGAAGCAUUAUUUGGCUCUUUGUGCAAUUUUAAGCAGUUGAAGAAGGUUGAGGUUUUUACUGACAAGCAGAAACUCUGGGGACUUGAUUUCUUCUUUGAAGACAUUUACCUCUUAACUAGAAAAUCCCAUUCAUGAUUAACUGAAGAGUUUUAAACGGAUGCUGUUUGGAGGCACAAGUUAAACCAAUUACUGCUUCAUGUUAUAUAUUAUAUAUUUUCAAAUUUUAGACUUCCUUCACUUUAUUAUCCCUUCCACUUACAAAUAAAAAUGCAUUUGACAUGAAGGUAAAA